CUCCUCAUUUUCCAUAGCAAGGGAAAAACUCGUCUCAAAGUUCUCGCACUGGACCCAAGUGGCUGUGAGAAAAACUCAUCAUGCUUCGACACAAAAAAAAUCUAAGACUGGUGAAGGUUCAGUUCAGAUUACUGAUGCACGCCCUUGUACAGUUGAAAUUAUUGAUCUGACCAGCUCUGACGAUGAUCACACUGAGAGAGAAGAUGCUGGAAGAUCAUCUGGGAGGCGGAAGCAGGUACCAGGUUCUCAUGCAAAAGCUCGGAAGAUGGCUUCGGCGUCAUCCCCAUCUACAAAAUCAGGAUCUGAUACUCACAAGCUGAAGCAUCCCAUCUCCAACAAUGACAAUCUUCAGGGGCCUUCUAGGCCUCCCUAUAUUUUAGCUAGAGGGGUAACUCUAACCGGCCGUGUGGAGAAGAAAGUUCAGGAGAAAGUCCAAGCAAUUGGAUCUGAACUUCCUAUCUAUGUGGCAGUGAUGACCAAAAGCUGUGUUGGUGGCAACCUCUUUUCUCUGGAAUUCUGCGCGGAAUAUGCUUCAACUCUUCCAAGCAGAGAUCAAACUCUCAUACUUGAGCUGGAGGACAAGGAUUGGCACACGACAUUACACAUCAAAGGAAGUAGGAAGAUCAUUUACAGAGGCUGGUCAAAGUUUGCCUGUGACAAUAACCUGCAGCUGGGAGAUAUCUGCCUCUUCAAAAUGGCAGAGCGGCGCACGAGAGGCCUUGCGAUGAGGGUCCAUUUCAUUUGCAAGUCGGGCGUAUUUCUGUAGCUCAAGCAUCCAAGUCUAGACUCCCUCCCUGUUGUUCCUAUUGACUAGUACCACUAGAACUACCUAUGGUCUGUAUGGCUUUUAACUCUCUGAUACCCUGCCAUGAGAGAGUCCACUGCUGAACGACUUUAUGUGCGCCCGUUUAGGCUGCUGGGUGUUUGCUCAAUGACUUUCUAGUAUCGAACUUGAGAGGAAAUAUUGAACUCUACUUCUGCCUCUAAUGCCGUCUAAUACUCCUAUAUGA